UGUGGGAUCUUGCUGACUUUUUGAAAUCAAGAUCUGAGAUGGAUUUCCUACUCUCAGCAGAGUCUGAAAAAAGGGAGUGAGGGCUAUUUUGACUAGGAUUAUAACUUAGGUAAAGUUAAUACUUAAUGAGCUAGAAUGAAGGAGAUACAGCUAUGUACCCAAAAAGACUGGAUACAUUAUAUAUCUAGAACUCUAGUUGUAUGCAUACUAGAUUGUCUCAUUUCAUAUUCUGUAACUCUUCAGUUCUGUACGGAAGCUCUGGAGUGUUCAAAUAUGACUUCAGCAACCAUGACUAAAAAAGGAAAGGAUCUAUCACUGUAUUAAAUUUUGAAACAUGUAAGGAUUUAGUAUUUUUAAUCAACAUAAAUGAGAAUUUUUAAAUAAAAUUCUAGAGACAGAAUGAAUGAUAAAAUGUGUGCAUAAAUAAGUACAUUAUAUAAAAUAAUUUCCAUCUUCCAAAAAUGACUUGGAGAGAUAUGAUUUUCUUCAUCUGCACCAAAUAAAGCAGAAAGACUAAAUAUCUUGUAAAUUUUUACAUACCCAGGUUAAUAUUUUAUGAACUUUUGUUUAAUCUGCUGAUUAAAAUCAAUUUUUUUUGUUUUGUUAUUGUUUAAUAACUAUCAUUAUGCCCGUUUUAUAGAUGAGGCCCGUGACUUCCCCAAGAUGACAGACUUUCAUAAGCAACACAGGUAGUAGUUGAUCUCUGCUUCUUUUAUUCCAAAUCCUGGUCUCUCCUUUGCUACUCCGAACUGCCUUUGGACAUGACUUUGGUGUUAUUUAUAGUUUCUGCAUUUAUUGCUCUUCUCCUUCGUAUUGGUGAUUUUUUAAAAAGACUCUAGCCUGUUUUGAUUGUACCAAAGGAAGACAGAGUAGAAAGGGAGUCUGCCUGGGUUCAAAACGGGCAGUGUCAGGAGGCAUGAAGGAAAGGAGCCCAGGAAGGGAGACAGGGACCUGGAGGGCGAACAAGGGAGCCAUUCAGAGAGCCAGAGCAGGGGAGGCCGCUGGGGAGAGAGGAGACAGAGGGGAGAAGAGACAGGCAGGCAGGGGCCAGAGGGAGAGGAGACAGAACUCGGGCACUGGGAGAGGAGAGCAGCUGCGAUCAGGAGGGCCGGCGGUGGGUGGGACGCCGUGCUGAGCCUUUUCUCUCUCUUUUUCGGGGUGGGCGGUGGAUCUCAGCAGAGAUAACCCAGCCAAACCCCCUGCCCCCCGUCUCAGCGAGGGGCCGCAGCUGUAUAAAUACCAGGGCUUGGCGGAGCCGGGCUGCUGCCCAGGGGUCAGCGACACCGGAGAAGGCUUUGCUGUCAUUAGCUAAUUGAGCCCCAGAUGUUAAGAAAAGGUUACGUCCUCCUCCGGAGAGUUUUUCUUUUUAAACACUUUACAUCGAAUCCCGUGCCAAAAUGUCUCGGAGGUGCAGCGGCCGGAGCGCGGGAACCACCCCGGCAGAGCCAGCCCCCAGCCCGGGCCGCCGACUGGGAGGUCAGCCCGGGGGAGGGUGGCGGAGUGAGGGACCCCGAGGAGCGGGGCUCUCUGGCUCUUAAUCCCCCUGAAGGUUGCAGAUCAAAGGCUUGUACGAGGCCAGGCUGUGCUGGUGGGGCAGGGGGCGGCCGGACCGAGGACCCGCGACGGCCAGCCCAGGGGGAGCUGGCUCUGGGAAAGUCGCCAGAGCGCCCCCGCGGGCCUUGGUGGAACUUGCCUCUCCCGGGGGCCGAGGGACGGGCGUAGGUCCCUGCCUCCCCUGGAGAACAAAACUCUUCGUGCCACGCACUUGACAUGUAGUCUCUCAUUUAAUCAUCCUGGCACUCUGAGGGUUUUUUUUUUUUCUGUUUCUGUUUUUUGGUACCGGGGAUCGAACUCAGGACCUUGUGCUUUCGAGGAAGGCACCGGAACCACUGAGCUAAAUCCCCCGCCCCUCUGAGGGUUUUUUUAAAUCGUUAUUGUUAUUUGUUCGUAAAGGAGAUACCAGGCCUCUAAGAGGUGAAAGCCGCUUGCCCAAAGACGCACUGCUAGGGUAGGAAAGGGCAGAGCCAGCCAGCCUGGAAAUCGCUGGGUUCAAGGACCACAGUUUCUGCCUUUUCCCCCCAGGUCCCUCCACCCUACCGCUUCUCCCUUCUACUUCUGUCCUCCCAGCCUCCCCCCACGGAACAAGAAUGCAGCCACUCACCUGUGGCCCUGGCAAGUACUUAAAAUCAAUUUUUAAAGUCAAUCUUCUUUCAUUUCAUUUUCAUAUCAAAUGGGUUUCAUAUCAUGUGAGUUAAUUAUGGUUCAUCAUUUCUAGAUUUUAGAAAGUAUAUACAUUAUUCAAUUUUAAUAAUAAAUCAAUUUUAGGCUCAGUUUAUAUUAUAGGUAUGCAAUAUUUAUUUUACAUUUUGUGACAGAUGAAAUGGAAAAUGCAACUCUUUUAUAUUACUCUAUUAGUAUAUUAGUAGAUCAGAAGUCACAUUAAAUUAAAUACCAGACAGGAAACAUUCUUUUUAACAAAAUCCAGUCAUUCUCUAUGGUACAGCCUUCCUUUAUAAAGCCUUUUGCAUACCCUCCCCAGCUCUGAAAAUGUCAUAGCAUUCCAUUCACUAGGAAUCCAGCAAGUCCUAUUUUAGUUUCCCGCUUUUCUUUGUAGUAUUAUUUCUACUUCCCACGUGGAUAUGUACUGCUUACUAGAAUUAAUUUAAGCUUGAUAAUGAGGUCAUGCAAUAUUGCAAGCUAUUAUUCCACAUGACAAACAUUCACACAUGAUUUGUUAACUAUAUAAAAAAUGAAAUAUCUGUUUGAAAACAUAAAACAAAUAUUCUAAAAACAGUUGAAAAUGUUCACAUAAAUUAACUGAAGUGAAGGAAAAAUACAUGCUUUUUAAUAUAGAAGUGAAUUGGUAGUAGGCUGAAGCAAUGGUUUGGUACAAAAUAAGUGAAUGUCAGACUGCAUAUAUCAUAGGGAUGAAGAGUUGUGUCGUUUCUUGAGGGAAAGAUUCAAAGAAGGUAAGAUCUAAGUAGCUGCCUAAAGACAGGAAUGCCGGGCCCACAGAAGGCGGAAUCUAGAGACUGGGGCUGCAAGGCUGAGCAGAAUGAAGAGGGGAAAAGGACAGUGAGGAGGAAGAAGCGGGGAGCCCCUGGAGAGAGGCAGAGGGAAGCUGGGUCUGCCCUGCGGGACCUGGGGAGGCACCGCGGGGUUGGAGGGGAGCUGCGGACCCCAGCCCGAUGGCCGCCACUCGCGGGUGUCGCCGCCGCGGGGAAGGCAGCUCCGAGGGCUCAGGGCUCGGCCGCUUCCCGCCACAGCGCCCCCGCCCCGGGUGGCGCAGGCCUCCCGGGAGGCCAGGGCUCGGGAGAGAGACACGCCCCCCAUUGUCCGCUGGCGCUCCUUGCCCCGCGCAACCCCACGUUCCGGCCCGGAAUCCUCGGGCAUCGGAACUCGGCCAGGGCCAUUGGGUCUGAGAGGACCGAGAGGACUGGGCGCGGACGGCGACAGCGGCCACCAUGGAGCUGUACCUGGGCGCCUGCGCCAAGAGGGCGCACAAAACCCGCUUUGUGGAGAUUGGAGCAGCUCAGCUCCUGUAUCUGCCCCUGGGGGCGAAGGUGCCCAAGAUCCCAGGAACUAACCCUGUCUUUGUUACUACGAAUCUAGGCGAAAAGGUAAACUCACGGCGCUUUCUUCUCCAUCAGUGACAGCGAACACUAUCUACUGAUGCAGCUUGACCUAACGUUGGGGCGGGGUGGGGGUGGGUGAAAGCCACGUCUAACCCAAGGUACUGUUUAGAAGCCGUAUAAAGCGAUUUCAUCAAGUUUAGAUCCCUUAAUCUUGUCUUAAUUUAUAAUGUAUGGAAGCACAUUAACUUUUUAAAUUAUAAAAUUUCAAAUAUACCUAUGUAGUGAUUUUUGGUUUGCUUAGAAACAUGUUUGAUUGCAAAGUGAAAGGCUAUCACUGCUGGCUGCCAUUUAAUUGUGUAUUGUGAUUUUUACCAGUAGUAUCACGGACUGAACUCUAUAAAACAUUUUAUGGCAUUUUUAAACUAAAUACUAUUUCACACACGAGGUUAGAAAAGAGUAGAGUUGGAAUAAUUUCCUAUAUUUAUUGUAAUUUAAUUGAAUGGUAAAGGGCCUGCCUGUAUGAAGAGAGGACCCUAUGAUCAGCCCCUACCUAGCUUCAGGCUCCUCAGGAUGAUGUCCCUAUCCAUUCCACCCUAAUUCUUCUGUACUUUGGUCUACCUUGUUCCCAAGUAUGCAAUACCUCAAUUGAUAAAUUUUCUUCACCUUAGUUGAUGAAUCUUGAGUUACUCUUCAAGAUUCUUUGUGAACUAUCACAGCCCCUAAUGAGCUUAUCUAUGCUUGGAAUCAUGUCUUUGGUUGAACAUCCAACACUUAAUCACGCUGUACUGUAAUAUAGGGGGAAACAGGGGAAGGGGACGUUACCAGAACCUCUGCAGUGAGUCCUGUCUCCUGCGAGCCAUGGCAGCAC